UCCUUGAACCAUCUUAACCUUAAUGCGGGGCGUAGGUCAAAGCCCCCAGUGCAGGACCCCCAAGAAAGAGGCCGUCCAUAAAAGUCGAGAACCGACAGUUGGAUGAAACAUCCGCGUCGCGUGCGCGAUCGUAUCAAAUUUCUGGAAAAAGGGGCAAAAUUGGGGAGGGGGGGUUAGCUCGUUCGGCAGCACACACUGGGGGAAUGCGCAGCGGCCUAAACCACGCCAAACCUUCGGGUGGGAGAGGAGGGAGGAGCAGAUCGCUUUUCCCCCCACUCCUCAACGGUUUGAGGUUGCCUGGAACAGGGGUGGUGGAGUGACCGCACAGGGAUAGGAGGGUGUGUGUGUGUCAUUGAAAUAUCAUCUUUUCAACCAGCAUUGUUUUCUGUACUGUUUUGUCUGUGAUUUUGUCGCCAUGCAUUAGAUGUCGCUGUUGCAUGCGUCAAUGUCAAUACUGUCAAUAUAAUUGCUUUAUAUUCAAAGUUUGACAUUUAUUUGUAACCGUCUAACCGUUAUAUGAAUGUUGAAUUUUUGCAGAAUUUUUCAAAUUUAGAUUCCAAGUCGUUCAUUGUGUUCGUUAUUAAACAUGUAUUUAUUCAUGUAGCUGUGUUACAUCCAUUUAUAUAAUAACUAUCUCAAUAUUUUAUAGUAGACAGAUUUUACUCAAAAAUUGCUAUUGUAUACUUGAGAAAAUGGCUACACUAAAGAAAAAAGGAAUUUCCUCAUCACUUCAGCACAUAUCCAUGCAGAACAUCAAAGUGGUAGUUAGAGUAAGACCCAUAACACACAAUGAAGAAGAACAAAAUGUCAAAAACAUUGUCAAAUGUCUAACGCACAAAGAGAUUCUAAUGAAAGAGAAAAAGUAUUCAUUUGAUAGAGUAUUCAAACCAACAGCCUCUCAAAUAGAAUUAUAUAUAAAUGUGGUAGCUCCUCUAAUCAAGGAUGUGAUUAGUGGAUAUAACUGCACAGUAUUUGCUUAUGGACAGACAGGAACUGGAAAGACCUACACCAUGACUGGCGACAAGUGUUCUAUCAUCAAGAACUGGAAGGAGGAUGAAGAUGCAGGCAUCAUUCCUAGAGCAGCUCAUCACCUUUUUCACGAAUUGGACAGAAUGAAAAUAAAUCAAUAUACUAUUAAAGUUUCAUACAUAGAGCUAUAUAAUGAGGAAAUUAGAGAUUUAUUGAGUAAUGAUGAAAACGCCUUACAGCUGUACAAUGACUCAAAAGGACUCAAAAUAAAUGGUCUGAAUGAAGUGACAUGUUUUAACAGUGCUGAUGUCUGUAGAGAGUUACAACGUGGCAUAUUGAAGCGACAAGUUGCGCCAACUUUAAUGAACCAUCAGAGCUCUAGGUCCCACACAGUAUUCACAAUAUCAUUAUCGACAACUGAGAGCAAUCUGGCAGGAGAAGACAUUCUGAAAUAUGGAAAGAUAAACCUGGUCGAUUUAGCUGGUAGUGAGAACAUCGCGAAAGCAGGAUGUAAAGAUUUGAGAGCACAAGAGUUAGCUAAUAUUAAUAAGUCUUUGUUGACGUUGGGUAGAGUUAUACAGUCACUGGCUGACAAAAACCAGAAGCAUAUACCUUAUAGAGAUUCGAAGCUGACGAGGAUUUUACAAGACAGUUUGGGUGGCAACACGAAGACCGUUAUUAUAGCAACAGUAUCACCAGCUCAUACUUCCCACGAAGAAACCGCGAAUACAUUAGAAUAUGCUAUGAGGGCACGUGAUAUCAAAAAUACGCCAGUUGCCAAUGAGCAAACCAGCAAAAACCAGCUGAUUGAAGAGUUGGUCAAGGACAUUGAAGUAUUGCAAAGAGAUCUAGACGCAGCUCGGGAGGGCACUGGCUUUUACGUAGAUAGAGUCAACUAUCAACGGAUUGUCGACGCCGUAUACGCUGUUACAGGAGAGGAAUUUACUCAUGAUGAGAUUGCAGAAAGAAAAGCGCAAAGAAUUUCUAAAUUGGAAAAAGCAAUGCAUGACAGAAUUCAGGAAUUUGAGAAAACAGUGAAGCAAUGUAAAGAACAACGCGAGGAGUUGAAGAGAAUUAAAACUGAAGUAAAAGAGAAAGAAUAUUUGGCCAACUGGUAUGAACAGUAUUCUACUGCAACAUGUGAAGAAAUACAAAACUUGUUAGAUACCACACAGACUUUAAACAAUGAAAAAGAGAUUCUGCUGGGUAAACUCGAAAAUAUGUUCAAAGCAAAUGAAUCUCACGUGACUAUUGCCAGACAAUCAGCAACUGCUGUGCUGUCAAUGGUCGAUAGAAAUACUGCAGAAAAGGACAAAACACUAAAUGCUAUGGUAGAAGCAGGAAUAAGAGCUAAAGAGAAAGCACGAGAAUCCAGAUCAAUUGUUCAGCCAUUUAUACUCAGUAUGAAAAAUACGGCCAAUAUUUUAGUUACUAUGUCAGUGAAUACGGAUGCGGUUCAAAACGUACAGGAAUGUGUUUGUAAGAAGAUUGAUAUCGUUAGAAAAAGGUUUGAAAUUUUGGAAAAAAUGGGUGAAGAAACUUUGACAGCAAUUCCAGUUUUAAUGGAGCAACAUAAGCAAAGAACUGAAGAGUUUUUGGAAGCCUCAAUCAAAUAUUGUAUGAGACAACAGAACCAAGUAGUAAGUUAUAAUGAGAAGUGCAUCUCAUAUUUAAACAUUUUGGAAGAAGAAUCCAGAGAAAGGAUAAGAACAAACGAAGGGUGUAUCAAAAAUCUUCUGUAUCAAAUCAAAAUUCUGCAAGAUACAUCAGAACAAGAAAAAUUAAAAAUAGCUAGAUUUCAAGACUGGAAAAGUCAAAUUAGUGACGAUAAAUCAAUACAUAAGAAACAUAUAGAAUUUGCAGUAUCCAAGCUAAGACAAAUGGCGCAGAAGGCUGUAAGGGAUUUGGAGGAAACUGUGCAUUCGACGUUUAAUAAUCAUGACAAGAGGAACGAAGCUUUACAGACGUCAAUGAGUGCAAUAAGUGAAUUGGGAGAAGAAAUAUUGACGGUGACAAGAAAUCUAGAUUUGGAAAACAAACGGAAAUUCGGAGAAAUCGAUAAUGUUAUAAAAACCGGUAUUCUGCAGUCUUGUAAUGAAAUAGAAGAUGUGUUAAAUCAGCAUAUCAGUGAUACCAUACAAGAAGUAGACACACUAAUAGACAUUACAUCAUCUUUUGACGAUACGUAUAGGAAAUUCGUUGAGGACGUGAAAGAUACUAUCACAAAACAGGUGUUGGAAAAGAGUGUUCCACCUAAGCAUGCUGGUGAUACUCCUAUAAGGAAGGAGUUGAGAAUUCCUUCUAUCGAUCCUACAGCGCCUAGGGAGAUUUUACUGGAGAAAUUCAAAGUCAGCCUUCCAGAAACGAUAGAGAAUCCAGAAGAUGUUAUUUGGUUAGACAGCAGCGGAGAAGGGAUAGACUAAUGUUGAUUAGAACUAGACCAUAACCUAAAAAUUGGUUUUAAUGGAGCCGUUAGUUUCGAUAUUUGCAAAUAAGAAUACUUAUGUUUAUUGUGUAGCCACUCGCUUUUUAGACUUCCGUAUAUGACAACUUUUAAACUGUGAGUUAUAUGUAUAUUUUUAUUAUUUAACUGUACCGAAAUUAAUAAUGUUAAAUAGGCUCAGGGCCAUUGAAUACAUUCCUGCAGGUUUGGAAUUUAAAUAAUACAGUUAAUGAAGUGCACACAAACGCAAAAGAUGGGUGAAAUGAUAUACCUAAAAUAUAUACUGCUAUUGGACAUUGUAGUUAUUUGUAUGAAUUCAACUCGCUCCUACGUUUUCAUCUAAACCCAAACUUUCAUUAAUUUUAAGAUGGUACCAGAAACAGUAAACAUAAAUAUUUAUCUUUUGAUUUUUGAUUAUUCUUAGUCUCUCAUUUUUCAACAGUAAUAUUAUAAUUAUUCCAUCCCUUUUUAUACUUGAACCUCAACGCAUUAUACUAGGCCUAAAUACCCUUAGCUCCCGUGGGAGAUGUGCAUAUUUGUGCACUUUCUUUCUCAUGUGGGUGCUUUCAAUUGUGUAUAUGCACGAACUUUUGGUCUUAAUUUUAUUUUUCUAUAGCAUAGUGCCCAAUUGUAAAUUGUGUAUUUAAAUAGAUUUUAUUGAAAAUGAUAUAA